GUUGCUGAUCACCUGAAAAUCUGAAAAUGAUGAUGCGUUUCCUGUGUGUUCGGGACCUCCAGCGUUUCGGCUCGCUCGCUCGCGUCCGCACACACCCGUCCCACGACUUUCUCACUAUUUCUCAGAACCGUCUUGGAUCAGGAUGUGUCUGGAUCUGCACCUCCUCGUCCUCAUCCUCGGCUCUCCGGACAACCCCCCCUGGAGAUGGGAAGGAUGACUCGGCAGAGCCAGAUCCUCUUCAGGACCAGUCUAUGGGUCUCGCUCAGAGAUUUAAGAAAACCUUUAAGCAGUAUGGCAAAGUGAUGAUUCCUGUGCACCUGCUCACCUCCUGCAUGUGGUUUAGUGGCUUUUACUACGCUGCCAUGAAAGGAGUGAAUCUGGUGCCAUUCCUGGAGUAUAUCGGAGCUCCUGAUAAACUCGUUAAACUCCUGCAAAAUUCCCAGAGCGGCUACGCACUGACUGCGUACGCCAUGUAUAAGAUUGCCACCCCGGGGCGCUACAUGCUGACGUUAGGUGGGACGUCUCUGUCGGUGAAGUACCUGCGUAAACACGGCUACAUGUCGACACCCCCGCCAGUUAAAGAGUACCUGCAGGAGAAGAUGGAGGAGACGAGAGACCGCUUCUCCGGGAGGAUCGAAGAAACCAAGGACAAGUUCACGGAAAAACUUCAGGAGACCAAAGACAAAGUGGGCUUCCGGAAGAAAAACGACUGAUAUCAUCAUCAAGUAAACAACGAGCGAUAAAUGCAAAUUAAUAAAAAAAUAAAUUAAAAACCUUCAUGUGAGAUGUCACUCCUGACAUCACUUUCUGUUCACUCGGCAUUUUCGUGACUUGCUAGCUCCACCCCCACACAAUUUCUUUAUUUAUUUAUUUUUUUUGUUGUUGUGUAUAUUUGUGAUAGCUGCAACAUUGAUCAGCAGAUUAUUUGCUGUUCUAGCUACUACAAAUCAUCCGCCAUGUUGAGAGGGCGGCGUUUGGAAAAGUCAUCUAAAAAUUGAGACAUUGAAACUUGAAAUGUCAUCCAUUAACUUAAAACGAUUUAAUGUAUUUAAUGUAUUGAGCUUGUGUUAGUCUGUCGUUACAUAUGUUAACAAGCUAUCAGGAAUGAAAAGCAAUCUUCUUCAACAGCUUUUAUCACCAAAGAUGAUAUUAAGAAUGAUUAAAGAUUCUGUGUUAUUAGUUCUAUGAGUAAUUAUAAUCACCGAUAGGACGAUGAUUAACGCCAGGAGGUCAUGCUGGUGAACGCGGUAAUUGAGCGUACUGAUCGUCUUAAAUAACACUGUUACUACCACAGACCUGAAGUUAGCAUAAAGUUGUUAAAACAGCAGUUUGUUCCUGUCUAGCAGUGAAACUGCAAUUGACACAUGGAGUCUGUCUUUUUGUAUCUCUCGCUCCUUAUCUUUCUAUCUCUUUAUACCUCUAUUUUUAUCUGAAUCUCUCUCUCGCUCUUUAUCUCUCUUCCUCCAUCUCUCUCUUAUUCUCUGUAUUUCUCUCCUUCCAUCUUUUUCUCCCCCUCCCUCUCUCUCUCUCUCUCUUUACCUCCCAGUGUGUCUGUACCUGCGUCUCUUGACUGUACCCAUGUCUAUAUCUGUAUUCCUUUUAGGGAAAGUGGGCGGACCUGAGCAACUCAAUAAAUUGGGGCAGGGCUCAUUUCUGGGCUGAAACGAUGUGUUGAACCAUGAUGUUUUAUGUUCUUAAUGAAUAUUUAAAAAAAAUAAAAAUUAUAGUACCAGUCAAAACUUUGGAUACAUUCUAGUUAUUUUCCACAUUCUAAAACAAAACUGGAUUUUUUAAAUAAACUAAUAAAUAACACGUAUAACAGCUGGCCUUCAUGUCUUCCUAAAGCUGCAGAGGAGAAGUUAAUUUAGAGUUACCAGCCCCAGAAAUCACCAAUUAACAAACACCAGAUAAAAAAACGGUAUAAAGGCUUUAUAGAUCAUAAGUAACAGACACAUCUCAAUAUUAACUGUUCAACUGGAGUUAUUGUCUAUUUUUAGGCAUCUUCAGCGUUGUUUUACAGUGUAGAUCAAAUGUAGAUUAAAAAAUUUAGUCAUUUAAAAAUCAGGAAAAACCAUGCCGUUUGAGGGUGUAUGUAAAUAAAUAUUGUUAGUUGUACAGACUGCAGCUUUAACUCCGCAGAGAUGGAUUAAUCAGAUUAACUCCGAUUACACACGCCUCAGUCAGGAUCAGCGUAAUCCUCAGUCUGAUCAUAUUUAUAUCAGAACCUUAUGCAAAUGUUUCCUGUCUGUAAAUCCAAAGGUUCUGCUCCUGUGUUACAGUACUCAAGUGUAACUGACAUGAAUAAAAUUAGAAAGUUUUAAAAAAUGAUUGACAGUGGGGUUUGUU